AUGGCUAUCCGUGAAGAUCUUAUUUCGUCUGCUGUAAUUCUUCAAGAUCCAAGUGUUGCAGGCUCACCAAUCGAGAACCGAGUAGCUUUCUUGCAGUCGAAGAACCUAACGCAGGAGGAGGUUGACACAGCACUUGCGAGAGCUGGCGGCGAAUCCCCUCCGGCGCCAGCGAAUCUUUCGAAUUAUGCGCCCCAACAAGUAGCAAGGCAGCCUCAGCCUGGAUAUGGAGGAUAUCAGCAACACGCAUGGCAACAGCCGCCACCGCCAGAAGUACCGCAGAGAGACUGGAGGGACUGGUUCAUAAUGGCAACGGUGAUGGGAGGGGUUGGAUACGGAUUAUAUUUUGUCGCAAAGCGCUACGUUUAUCCAAUAAUCGCCCCACCUACGGAACCACAACUACAGCAAGAUAAACAAGCUAUCGACGAGCAGUUCGAGAAAGCAUUUGGUCUUCUAGACCAGCUGUCAAAAGAUACCGAGGAACUGAAAACGUCCGAGAAAACCCGGACGGAACGAUUAGACGUUGCUUUGACAGAAGUUGAGACCGUUAUCGGCGAAUUGAAAUCUGCAAGCCGAAGAAGGGAGGAUGAAUCGCGGCGGAUGGGUGAUGAAGUACGAGGUCUUAAGGAUUUAAUACCUAAGGCGAUGGAUGCACAGAAGGAAACAACAGAUUCGAGACUGAAGGAUCUUAAUACUGAGUUGAAGAGUUUAAAGACGUUGAUGGGACAAAGAAUGAACCCAUCUGGAUCUGGAUCCGCAACAUCAGGGUCGGCUUAUGGUCGAGCAUCAGCUGCCGCUACUUCUAACCCUACGCCGACGAUGACAACGGCGACUCCUAGUAGCAGUGUCAACGGAGGCUCUACUGGCGAAAGUGUCGCACCAAAACCAGCUUCUGUUAGUAAUGGUGUAGGGACCGAGUCUGUGGCGUCGCUUCAAGGUAGAAGUGGGACACCUUUCAACACUGGGGCUCCAGCAGGGCGAGCCGCCAUUCCAUCAUGGCAGUUGGCAGCAGGAAAUAAGAGUUCAAGUUCCGUGAACACCACUACUGGAACGGGAAGCGGAUCACAAGAGACGAGUGGGGCGACAUGA